UGCAUUCAAUUAUAUCUGUCACUACAAAGUUACAAAGUGCGUGGUAAUUUCAAACUUCUUUGAACAAUAUUAACAUUGUUACGAAAAUUUAUUGCUAGUUGAGUAUUUGGGCUGGAUUCAGCGAAUUGUUUCGGUUACAUUAAAGUCAGUGUUUUUUUUCCUUCGCGUUUCAGGAAAUGUUGGUAGAUUAAAGCAUUAAUCUUGCUUAAUCAGCAAUGGACAAUGCGGCAUUGUUCGACCACAAAGCGGAAGAUCGUAGGGAUCAAAGUGGAACAGCAGACAGAAGGUUGAAAAAUGAGACUAGUGAAAAGGUAGAGAACGCGGGUGCAAGCAGCGUCGGAGGAGGAAACAAUCGGAACGGGAAGAGAUAUCAACAUUCUCGUACCAUAUCUAAAAGAAAAGAUAAUAACCAAAAGCAGUACAACGAUGCUCUAAACAUGGGACUAAAUUCACAAGAGUUGAACAAACAACUGCAGGCCAACCUGCCGGAGGACAUGAGGAUAUCAAAACUAUUGCGAAGAUUAUGUCAGGAGAAUGAUCCCAAGGCGUGUCUCGAUCUCUGCAACAAGCUUGGAGUGGUUGUCCUAGAACCAUGUAACGCUUCUUAUAUUCGUAAAUCGUUCGAUAUAUUGGCGGAUUGGAUUGUGUCUGUUUUGGAGAAUGGUCCAAGAGAUUGCCUGGAUGCUGCCGCAGAGGUAUUUGGAAUGAUGGGGUACGUUGCUCGGAAUGAUUUUUCUUCGUAUCGUGCAUGGAUAGUGAAGUACUACAAGUAUUCGCGAAAGAUGAAACGUGCAAUGAUGAAGGCUCUUAAGAAAACCGUUAUGUUGGAUGUAAAUGGGGAUCUCAAAGACUCAGCGAGCCGACUGAUUGACUUGCUGAAAGACUAUUUGGAAGCGGCAGAUGCGGACUCUUUCAUAACUAUAACUGAGGUCAUCGUUGAAGUAUGCACAAAGUAUCCAAAAUAUUUUAAGGCACACUUUACCGAUAUUGUGGACAUUGUGGUUGGCUGGCAUCUAGAGACGGACCAAGUUUCUGAAGUGAAAAACCAUUGCUCCAAGGUUCUACAGUCAUUCAAAGUGUUCUGGAAUGAAGAUUUGGAAUUUACGCUGAAUUUGCUGGGGCAAUUUGUCGAAGACAUUGGAGUUUGCUGUGAGGAUUUAGAAAGUCCAGAAGGUGCAAGCGUUGACCACUUUUCAUCUUCCGCUAUCUCGUUCAGCUCUCUUCUGGAUGCUUUCAAUACAGUUAUCAAAUGUUUGCUGCUUACACCAGAAGUUUUAUUGCAGUCAGUUGGAAAAGAAAUGGUGGAUAAUAGCUUUCAACUGAUCGUCAAGGUCAGCUCGAUCAUAACCAAACAGCACUGCUUGGAGGAAGUAUUACUGCCAAUCAAUGAAUGUAUGAUCAUAUUGCUCAUGUUGGAACCCUGUGAUGUCUCGGUUGAUAACAAAAGCAUACUUAUUGUGAUUCAGGCUGAAAUAGAGAUUGUGAAAUCAUUGAACCAAAAUCAAAUAUGCAGCCUCCUUUUACUGUUACUUAGAUAUACGGAAUUUAAAGCAGGCAGUAUAAGCACUGAGUUUCUUCAUCUUGUUUGGAAUUCAAACUCUCCGCUCAUGAAUCUUCGAUACAAUCGCUCUCGUGAAAUUCAGGAAGGUUUACUAAAGCUGUAUCACCGCAUCCUGGCUAUAAAAAAUGUCAACACAUUGCAAAAGGCUUAUACAUUUAUCUUGGAUGAUCUGACCAGUGCCAUAGAUUUGAUUCGGGAUAACGAGACCGCCACAGAAUCAGUUCUCGUGAAGGCACAGUAUGCAAUUAAUUUUAAUUUAUUGACGCUGUCCACGCUUGCUAUAGCUAACAAUUCAAUUCUGGUAAUGUGGACUCUACAACCGAGUAUCCUGAUAGUUUUGUUGGAAAAAUUACAUCUACUUGAUGCUGGUUUGUGGAUAAAAUUCCAAAGCUUGCACUUUGCCAUCCUUCGAGUUGCCUAUCAACAUAGCAUUAAAAACAGCAACUUCAUAUCGUCAAGUGCUCUACUGCGAUCUAAAAAUUAUGCUGUUGUUGAUUCUUUUCAUCGUCUUAGUUUGGAAUCAACUGCAACCUCGACGGCAAGUCCUACUGCGGAACACUUCCGAUUGAUAAUCGAAUUUUUAGAGCAGAUUUUACCGAGCGAAUAUACAUUAGAUCACAAAGAACUGCUUCUGGACUGGUGUCAGGCGGUAAUAAGUCAAGUCGCCCAGUACUAUGAUGUGCUCUUGGAUAAUGGUAGCUUUAAUGCUAUUCUUAUAAACAUUUGUGACAUUAGUAUGGGAUUCACUGAAAAACUCACGCUCAAAUGUGCUGAUUGUCUGGAGUUGGCAAGUUCCUACAAAGUUUUGGCUGCAGCAGUUUAUCAAAGUAUUGCUGAAGCAUGUUGUGUGCACAUGUGUUCAACGAGUGUCAAGAUACGGGAAACGUUCUCAUUCAUCCUUGCCAAAUUGCCUCUGCGUUACACUCUGAAACAGGUUAGCCAAUUCAGCGGAAAUAAUGAGCAAAGAAAUCAGCGAAUCUACGAACUGCAAAGCUGGUAUGUUGCAACGGAAAAAACCGGGGACUUAAGGUCGCAAUACUUCCUUCCAUUCAUCGAACGAAUCAGUUUUCAACGGGAUGCGGAAGCUAUCGAUGAUUUUCUUAAAGAAGUGUUUCUAAAAUCGUGGUUCGUUGAUAGAGGAAAAAAUCGAAAGUAUGCCGAAAUGGCAUUGACAGACUUACGCUGCUUGAUUCCGUGGGUUCAGUGGGAAGCUGCUCACUUUUGUGUAAAUAACAAACUUCGAACGCCUAUCGGAAAACCUCAAGAAACAUUUCUAAAAAUUGAAUCCAUAAUCAAAGAAGAUGCUCGGGUGUUGGCGCUUAAGGAACGAUCUACCGUGAAGGAUCUUUGCGCUUCUAUGGCCAAUCAACGGCACGCUCGAAUCCUGCUGGGAUUCUUAGAAGCUCUGGAGAAAGCAAUAUACAAUGCUGCAGAAGGCACCGCGUUUGCUUUGCCAAACCCAGAAAAACCAGCACGAACAUUUUUUCGUGUUAAUUCUUCUACUUGCGCCGAAUGGUUCAACCGUAUUCGAACCGCUGUCGAUUUGGUCGCGUUGCAUUGUAUGGAACCGGAAAUGGUUAUCCGCUAUUCGGAGGCAGUACUACGAGAACUUGUUCUGGUUAACAAGCUAAGCGAUCCCAUAUUCGAACAUACACUAAUGUCGUUGGUGUGGGCAUUGCUACGAAACUGGGAAAGUGAUGCAUUGUACGGUGUUUACGUAUGGGCAAAGAAAAUUACCGGCAAAAAGUACAUAUGGAUUAAAAUGGCAGCAGAGGAAGCGGCAGGUCAUCGUGAAACGGCAGUCGAAGGCUUCCUAAGCAUAUUGUCUGAUCCAGAAUCUGUUAACUUGGAUCGGCACAUUCGUGAUUUCAUAAUUGAUCAGAUUACGUUAUCAUUGAUAUUCACUUCAAGUCUUCCUGAGUUGUACGAUUUUCUUAUAUCGGAAGAAACCAACGGAAUUCAGAGAGCAACUGUACCAUUGAUAACGAUCACAUCAAAACAGGUUUUAUCGUGGAUGGAGUACGAAAAAACCAAAGACAAGAACGCAAUCGACAUGUCUGAUUGGGAGUCCGCCGAUUUUGGAACAGACAUACCGAACAACUUUUCCUGCCACAAAAUCCUCUGCGAUACAGAGAACAGCAUUGCAUCUAUUUUCCUGGAACGGUACUCGCCCGAAAAGGAAAAAAAAUUACGUGCAUGCAACGAGGUCAUCCACAGCGCAUUGCAGGAAUGCCUGUUGACCAGAUCGAAGGAAUAUCUAUUUCAGCUGACAAUCGCAAACCACAUUGCAUAUAUCGCCAAAAUGAACGAAUUGACGCCGGAAAAUUUAAAAUCUAUUCGAGUGGAGAAAAGAUACGGAUCGCUCACGAUGAUGAGGGUUCUGGCAUGGUCGGAGUUUUUCGACGAAAGCAGGAACUGCGAGCAACAUAAUAUGGAAAUGCGACUUGAUUUAGUUUCCGUCGCGAGGAAAGAAAAUAACUACAGAUUGUGUCAGCGAGAACUGGAGGCCUUUUUCAGAAGUUCUAGCUUUUCUAAAGUGUUUAAUGCGGAGAUUACUGUGGAUAAGGUGCAGAAACGAUUAAUGGAUGUCACGCCAGACACACAAUUUUGGGAGGAGCGUUUAUCCCGUGCCGUCUAUGAGCAGUGUAAAUGGCUCUACUGUCAACCAAAUAGAAGAUUAGAUGCCAUUCAAUUCGCGUCCGUUGCUGCAAUCGGCAUUGAUGACAAGUUGACUGAAUUAGAUCCAGGUGCUUCACAUAGUUUACGCGAUAGAGAAGCUCGAUUUCUACUUACCAUUGCUGAUUGGGUACAAAAUGAAGACAUCAAAAUUUUGCAAACAGAUCCCAAUUCACCAUUGGUAAGGUUAGUAAACCUACUUCCUGAUAUCAAACCAACGCCAGAUCCGCGGAUGAUGUCUAUUUUUAAUGCCAUGGAUAUUGUUGUGGGUAAACUGCUUCAGACAAGUGUGCAACGCUGUCCGGAACUGGCUAAAGCCUGGUAUCAGCUGGGGUCUUGGUGUUACCGGUGGGGAAAGAAAAUGGUCGAAUUUAAUACCGACGGCAAUACGGUGCAUCGAAUCAAUUUGGAAGAGAUUCGUAAAAUUUUACCUACUACUUCAGCGGACGAGCUUCAGAAAAUUGCAAUUAUUCUCAACCAACAUGAGGUUGGUGCUGAGGAAGAGGAAAUCGGUCUAAAUGAAACAAGUUCGACUGACCUGCUUGAAUCAUUGCAAACAACGGUUCCAGAUUUAUGCCACUGUCCACCAGAAAAACUUCAAUCCAUAGUGGAAAUCUGGCGACGGACACACCGUACAAUUUAUGGAUAUUAUGAGGCAGCAGCGGCUGCAUAUUUCCGCUACCUUCAACUGUCCUCAUCGAUCGAGAUGGAAAGUGAUAAUGGCAAUUCUUCUACUGUGACAGCAACGCUCCGGCUUCUACGAUUGAUAGUGAAGCAUGCUCUCGGUUUAAAAGAAGUCUUAGAGGAAGGACUUGCGGCCACUCCUACUAAUCCCUGGCGCGUAAUCACGCCACAGCUUUUUUCGCGUUUGAACCAUCACGAACCGUACGUACGAAAGCGCGUUUCAGAGUUACUCUGUAGAGUGGCUAAGGAUGCUCCGCAUCUAAUUAUCUUUCCCGCUGUAGUAGGCUCCGUGCAAGAGAAGAAGAUGGACCUUGCCGAUGUGUCCAUAGAUGAAAUAGAAAAUGAUGCUCAGUUUGACCUGCCCCAUGAUAGCUCUGGCUUAGCUAUAUGUUUCAAUGCACUGUUGGAUAUUCUUUCGAAGGAUGCUCCGGAUACUGUGAAGCAAGUGCAGGUUCUUGUUCACGAGCUAAGGAGAAUUUCGUUAUUGUGGGAUGAGCUCUGGGUUAUUUCACUACAGCAAAUCUAUUCCGAGUACACCAAACGCUUUACCAGUUUCGAAAACGAAUUGCAGAAAGUUUCAGAAAAUGGUCAUCUCGAAAACAAAAAGAGUCUUUUCAUCGAGAAGCAUAAACUUUUGUUGAGACCUCUCGUAUUCGUUUUGGAACAAUUGUACGAAAUGACCUCAAGACCUUCGCAAACUGCUCAUGAAAAGCACUUCCAAGAUCGCUAUUUAAAAUACAUAAACGCUAUGAUUGAGAAACUAAAAGAGCCACUGGACUUCAAAAAACCAACCGAAGGUUGGAUACGAUUCAAAGCUCUGUUCGCACAGAUGCAGCAACGCAGCCAAAAACGAAUUGCAUUUUCCCUGCGACUUUCGGAAAUAAGCCCUGUACUUUCAAAGUUAUCGAACACUGCAAUAUCCAUGCCGGGAAUUGACAGCACCCAAAAGCAAAUUUUUAUCCGUUCGGUAGACAACUUGGUACAGAUAUUGCCGACCAAAACGAAACCUAAAAAACUGAUGUUUUACGGCAGCAACGGUCGUCGGUACAGCUAUCUGUUCAAAGGAUUGGAAGAUCUUCAUCUGGACGAACGGAUCAUGCAAUUUUUGUCGAUCGCCAACUUGAUGAUGACCAAAUCGAUCGACUGCAACGGUAAUAUUACCUAUUAUCGCGCGGAACACUAUUCCGUCAUUCCACUUGGGCCACGAUCCGGUCUAAUUAAUUGGGUGGACAACACGGUCCCUAUAUUUUCACUUUACAAAAAAUGGCAGCAACGUGAAGCGCUGCAGAAAAAGGACAAACCCGGCGUAACUAGCCGGCCGUCAGAGCUUUACUAUCAGAAAUUGACCCCACUACUCCAGAAACAUGGCCUCAAAACGUCAGACAACCGGAAGGAUUGGCCGGUGCAGGCUCUGAAGCAAGUGGUGAAAGAAUUGCAGAGUGAAACACCCCGUGAUUUGUUAGCCAAAGAACUCUGGUGCCACAGCACAACUGCUGCUGCCUGGCGGCAGGUAGUGCGUAACUAUUCACUUUCGGUAGCUGUCAUGAGUGUCAUCGGUUAUAUAAUCGGGCUUGGCGACCGCCACUUGGAUAAUGUGCUAGUAAAGUUGGCGUCUGGUGAAAUUGUGCAUAUCGAUUACAAUGUGUGCUUUGAGAAGGGCAAAACAUUGCGUGUACCGGAAAGAGUACCAUUCCGAAUGACGCCUAACCUGGAGGAAGCUCUAGGCAUAACAGGAAUCGAGGGCACCUUCCGACUGGCAUGUGAACACGUGCUCAAGUCACUCAAAAAAGGACGCGAAACGUUGCUAACCCUUCUGGAAGCCUUUGUCUAUGAUCCCUUGGUAGACUGGGCCGUAAGCGAGGAUGGUGGAGCAGCAGGGUUUGCCGUUUCAACCUACGGCAAUCGAGAUGGCUUUCACAGCGAACUUCGCCACGCGAAAAAGCAACUGGAACGUGAGGUCAACCGGGACACAUUGGCAAUCCGCUUCUCGGAGGUCAAAGCGGAAUGGAGUCAUAACCGCGAUGAUAUCUAUCAGCAACUUUUAUUGAUGCAAACAUUUUUAAGAGAACUUCAGACGAGUCGCCUUGAACUGGGUUUGGCAGAAGGACAACGGGAUUCAUUGUCUCGACAGAUCCAAGUGAUUCGAGAGGCAGAAUCUCUAGAUUCGGCUAUCGGGAGCCAUCCGUUGAACACACUAUCGCAAAGAUAUAGUGUGUAUAAAAGAAUCAUUGAUGAACAUGACUCCAUGAGGAAAGUCUUGAUGAGUAAGGUUUCUGAGUGCGAAAAAAAGAUGGAAGAUUAUAGGAGCUUCUGGAAGGAUUAUGAAUCGUGUAAACUACAAGAGUAUAUAACGGGUGUUGAUGUCCACGUGGAAGAAUGUUCUAACUCUGAGUUUGAUCAAGUUAGAGAAUUUUUGGAAAGCUCCAAUUUACGUGACACUUUUGUGAAGACUAGUGGGUGUCGACAUGAAUUAAACGACUACACGUUCCGAGCAUCACUACUCGUUAAGCACGUGUUGGAAACUCUUAGUCAGUAUGGUGCAAUAGUAAGUUACUAUCCGAGUGAUUUCGAGCAGGAUCAUUGGAAUUACAAUUUCGCUGCUUGGUAUAGAAAAUUAAUCGACGAGAACUCACAACAAUCGUGUAUGGAGGUUAUGCAUCACUAUCAGCAAUACGUAACGAAAAAUCGACAACACUCCUCCAGUCCGCAAAUCGUUUCUUUUUCGUAUCAGCUCUCAAACCUUAUUUCUGACAACACAUUCAGAUUGGCGGAGUUGGUCAAUUAUCACACACAAGAAUUAAACGAGAGCACCAUUCCAAUUGACCAAUUGUACGAAGCUAGUUUAUCUACUAUAAAUGCAAUCGCUUUUGGAAAUCCCAAUGGACGUCAAACCUUGAUCUGUGCUGCUCUAAAACUAUGCUUAGACUUGAAUCAAAAUUAUCUUAUGCUAGAACAAACAGCUUCAACCGCUGGAGAUUCACUGAUUGAUUUGCAAAUUAAUGAUAACUGGUUUUUGACCGAAUUGUACAUGGCAUCGGCACAGUUGAAUACGCUAUCGGAAAUUUUGUUUAAAAUGGAUACAUCUCAGAUAUUCGGUGAUAGCUACUCCGUUAGUUCAAACUGUUUAUCCGCCUGCGUUAGCAUGUACGAGUAUCUUUACAAUAUGAACGAAUGCAUAACGCAAAAUUUUCUGACCGAAACCAUGAGGGGUAUUAUCUCAGAAAAUCAAAGUAUUAUAGAAAUGAUCUCCGCUGUUUCCAGUCUUCAAACUGAUAUAUCAUCAUUGCCCCAGCUACUGGAAGAUUUGAACAUGCAUCUGCAGUGCGUAGUGAUGAACAUACCAUCGGCACAUACCAACGCUCUAGACGCAGUUCAAGAUUUGAAGCGAAAGGUUUUGCAGUUAGGUGAACGUUAUCAGCUUCAGGAAGGCCAGACUGAGGGAGCAAAGUUAUAUCUAAAGCUACACUCUUUGUUCGAUGAACUUUUGAAUAAACACAACGAGCUAUUACAAAAUGUGUAUGAUGAAAUGUUAACGGCGUAUGAGAGCGAUCUUUUCGAUCAGAUCAAAGAUUCUAAAGAUUUAGCGGUACUGAUUUUAAACAAAUCAACAAACAGCGUUCUGGAAGCUAUUUUUGUGGUUAAACGCGUACAAGCAAUCAUCGACUUCUUUACAUCCUGCCUACAAAUGGCGUGCUCCUUCAAAGGCACCGGGCAUGUGGCACCGUUCAAUGAUUCUUCGUUAGUCAGACCCAUCCGGAAAUUCAUAUCGGACUUCGCCUAUCACUCGAUGCUGGGUAUCGGACCGAUGGCAACUGGAAUCAUGAUUUAUGGUAUCCUGCAAUAUAUGUAUCCCAGGAACGAGCAGGACAUCGCUCUUCUUCGAGAAAUGUCGUGCAGCGAUUCGUUGUCUUUGCAUGAAUUAUGCAAUGUGAACAUAGAGCACACAAUCAAUGAAGUCAACAUUAGUGAGCUAGAGUUCAACCAGGCAAACAGUGCUUGUUUGCAUCUGAGUUUCACGUGUAGAAAAAUGAUGCGAGUAAAAUUACUUUCCGAGCGUAUUGUUGCCGAACAAAUUUCAAUGAGCAGAAUUCAAGCAAUGUUUGUAGCUCAUAGUUGGCUGCAUGAGCUAUCGGCGAUUGGCUGUUCAGCCAAUGUAUCACAGGAAGAGCUGACCGUUUAUGCUAACAGAUCAACAAUCGCCAUGCAUUUGCGAAACUUUGUAGAAAAUCUUACAUCUACGAAAAUGACGAUUCAAAAAUUACGUGACGAGAUACUUACCAAUACCAAUGCAAUCCUGCAUCGACUGAAGUGGGCAGCUGGAGCGAAUCCAGAUUUAGUUAGUUUACUCAAAUCGUUUGAACAAUCAUCGCUACAAAAGAGGGACUUUCUGGAUGAGCAGAUGCUCUAUUUGGAUAUCGCAUUAAAGCAUUGUAGCUCGGUUCUAAGCCAUGAGCUCGUUCACUUACAAAAACGACAAGACCUGGAACAAGAUCAUGAAUUUGUUGACUUGGUCGAACGGUUUAAAAAGGUGUGCACCAAACUGCACUCAUGCUCAACUAUGGUCAACAAGACCGAAAUUGCUCUGGUUGAAUUGCUGGAUCCAGAAGGACAAAUCGAUCACAUUUGGUUAAGCAACGUAAAGGCUUUAAUUGAUGAUAUGACCGAUCAAAUACAAAGCAAAAUUGCUCGCAUGGAAAAAGAAGUUCAAAGUGCGCAGGAGAAUUUGCACAUGAGUGCACACAGGCUUCGAUCGUUAGUCACUGCACAUCAUGUGCUUGCUUCGGACAUUAGAAACUUGUUGAAAAUGAAACUAAAGAUGGAGUCAUCGCCGGCACUGCGAGAGUAUCUACUGAACUACAAAGCCUUCUUAGAAACUGUUUCGGAGCUUCAUUCAAAUGUUAUGAGUAAAGAUUUCACCGACAAAUUGGUGAGAAAUGCCAUGGAACAAGUGCAAAAUUUACUGCCGAGCGUUCAUAAGAUAUUCGAUGAAUUGUUUGCCUUCGAACAGGAGACUGAGGCAGAUGAUAACGGAAACAUGAUGGCAGUCAACGAAGAAAGUGAAAAGCUAAGCGUUGAGAUGAUAGAAUCACCCGUUAAGAAGUAUUCCAGCUACGGACGAACAGACAAGGUGCAACAGAACCAGAAAGAGCAAAAACGGAACGCAUACGCUGUGUCGGUUUGGCGUCGCAUCAGAAUGAAGCUAGAAGGUAGAGAUCCCGAUCCGAAUCGCCGCUGUACCGCCCAGGAACAGGUGGACUGGAUGAUACGGGAAGCAAUGGAUCCGGACAACUUAGCGGUGCUCUACGAAGGAUGGACUCCAUGGGUGUAAGUUGAUAAUUAAACAAUUGAAAUGUGUCGGUAGGCUCACGUAAAAACUAAAUCGUGAAAAGUGCAAGGGUGAUUCUUUCACACUUUGCGGAAGUAACGGUUUCGAAAAUAUCCAGCAAGUAGGCUGCUCACUGUCGGUGCAGGCGAAUUAUCUGCGUGGAAUCGACGGUGGCUGGGCUGCCAUUCAACGCCCAGCCAACCAUUGGGUCCAGCUGCUAUCGCACCUCGGUAUCCACUCACUGUAGUAGUUUUAUAGCAUUCUAAAAAUGAAUCCGGAAAAAGAUUUGCAAUCAAUCAUACUACAGUGAGCGGCCCUAGGCUUCUAAUGUCCCAAAAAAUCAUCGUCCAGAAACAAAUAAAAAGAAAGAAAUUGCUACCAUUAGACUAUUUCAAUCUUUCCUUCUGCCGCAAUGUGUAGUUGAGUGUAUCCUCGAUUUGUAUUGAUACUUUCACAGUGAUCGUGAAAGAUUACCCAACUCUCUUGCAACAUCAUAGAAGAAACAAUAGUUGGACGGAAAACAACAUACACGUCUCUACCGACGUUUGCUUGUUUCCAAAAAAUACAAAGAGGAACAGUACAAGCGAGCAUUCCCAUUCUGAAUGAUUAAAUAUAUAAUCCUUGGCACUUGUACUCAUGUUGCAGAUGGAACUGAGGAUGAAAAGUAGAGUAACGAUCUUCUUUCUGCUAUGAACGUUUUUAAACAUUUUUAAACCUUUUCGUUUUACAUUGUCAAAUCCAAAAGUUUGAAAUAUUUUUAAAAUGAUUUUUUGUUUAAUUAUUUUAUACAAUGAAAUUAAAAAUGUGGCAAUUGAAAAUACGUGAUUUUCUACGCUCAGUUCAUUUCAUUUAAGCUUUGCUGACCCAACCUUCUUUUGUUGGUAUACAGGGCACAUCCAAUUCAUGCGCUCAUUAAUUACAUUACAAUUACAAAAGUGUUGCAUGUCUAUGCCGAAUAGUUUAAAUCCAUUGAAAAAGUUUAGUUUUUUAUCAUUGAACAUAGGGCAACCUCUUGCGCAUAAAGUAUUGAAAUAAAACGGCUAAACUAAACAUAAUAUACAGUGAUUACUGAAUAUUUACUAUACAAAGCGAUUUCCAUACCCUAUCGUGGUAUGGCUAGAAUAUCUUAGAAAGUGUUUCAGGACACAGCUGAUAUCCUGAUUUUGAUUAUCUCCUAUAUUACACUCAAUCCAUACCGAAUCAUCAUUUCAUGUACCCAUCAAACAGUUCUAUUAUUUUUGCAACUAAAUUGGGGUUAAGGGUUUAAUUAUUGGAACGCUCCAGUCGUAUCAAAUGGAAGAUAAAAUUCGUGUACUAGAACCUAUCCUUUGUCCUAAAUUUAUUCUAACUAAUAUUUUGCGUUAAAUCUUUCUAUCGUGGCUUAAAUAACAAUAAAAGUAAGCUUAGUUAUC